AGUCUGCUUGUUUGCCGUAAUCAACGCUCCAAAAAUGGCCAAAGCCGGCACAGCUUAUACAAUCUCCAAAAGCCGGCUUUCUCACACUCUUUCUUGUGAAAAAUAUUGGUCAUUGGCCAAUCCAUACGACCAUAGCAGACUAGCUGUGCUGGUUCUUCAAUACAAUUGUCUUCACAAGACAAAAAAAAAUGAACAUGGAUUAUAGGUUUGCAAUGGACCAGAAGGAUAUGGUUUGGUUAUUGGUUGCCAGUGUUGAUAAUUUCACCCAAGAGCGGUUGAUUAAUAAAGAACAGAGAACCCAACACAAAGAACAGUGUGCAGAGAGAUUGGCAACUGAAGAUGUAAGCUGUGACAAAGACACAGAGGUUCGGUAUUCGGAUCAAGCAGUAUUAGCAAAUUUGGACUGGGGAAUUGAAGCCCUUGAAGAAGCUAUCAACACUUCAAAUAUGGAAACUAGGCUUGCAAGAUUGGAGUAUGCUGAGAAGAUGUUGCAAGUGUGUGCCUUAUUGAACUCUAAUCAGAAAACUGCUGGUGUUCCUAAUUUCUACCUCUCUGCUUGGGCUCAUCUCAACCUUGCAUACAUGUGGAAAUUGCGGAACAAUGUUCAUAAUGCAGCUCUUCAUAUGCUUGAGAUGUUCAUCAUAGACCCUUUCUUCUCGCGGAUUGAUUUUGCUCCUGAAAUUUGGAAAGUCCUGUUUCUUUCACACAUGAGCUCCAUUGUUGGAUGGUAUUCAGAGGAAAGGCAUAGGCUAAUGAUGGAAGUAAUUCCUGACUGCGCGGAUAUGUCCUAUACAGCUGAUUUGGAUCGAUACUUCAAUGAGUCUUUGAUGUUUUCCAUGGGGCCAGAAAAAUUGGAAAAAUUGCAGAAGCUAGAUCAGCUUUAUGGAGAAUCAUUGGAUGAGAAUACACGGCUUUUUGCUAAAUACUAUAAGGAUUGCAUGAACUCUGAUUCAAACUCGAGCAAGAAGGUGGUUCCAAUGUUGCCCAUUGCGGAGCCACCAAUGACUCCUUUGCAUGAAGUCAGCCACUCAAUUCCAGAUCAUGUAAAAUUUGGUCCUAUCUUGCCUAAGAGUGCUGGGUUUUCCCCAAUUAUUAAAUCUAAGUUUGGUGAAAGAGAAACAAGAGAAGCAAGCAGAUUAAAUCUAGGUUCUACUGCGUCCCAGAAUCUGAAGGAGUCCACUAGAUGGGAUCCUCAGGAGGGGUUGCUUGAUGAGAAUGAAGAUCAAGAUGAAGAUGACUCUGAAUAUGAGCCUGAUGAUGGUUAUGUGGAUUCUCACUCUGACGAUAUACCUAGCAAAAGGGCAUCUCCUAGUGGCAUGAAGAUGGCUGAGGAAAAGGAAACUGGGCCUAAAGCACAGACAUCUAAAAUGAAGAACCAAAUACAUUCUGCUACAUUCUUUUCUCCUAUGGAUUUCCCUACAUCUCCUUCUCCAACUAUUUUAUCUCCAAAACCAGAUGUGCAAUUUAAAAAAGAAAACCCUGUUUUGUUAUGCUUAUUAUCCCGCCAUAUCCCAGAUUCAUCUGUUUCCAGCUCGUUGCCUUCAUCUCCACCUGUGAGGAAUGAUCACAGCUUCAACUCAGCAGACUCUGAUGGUGAAGUCAUAGGAAAGCUGAAAUUUCGAAGAAAAAUCAAUAGCAGAACACGGAGUUUUGACAGUGAGAAUAGCCAAGUAUUAGAAUAUAGUACUAUUCAAGAAGUUGAUGAGGGAAGCCAGAGCUACAUCUCUCUCCCAAUAUCUGAGAAGCUGACUACUCGAACAAGACCACCUCAGGAUUUUGUUUGCCCCAUCACAAGCCACAUAUUUUUUGACCCUGUUACCCUUGAAACAGGCCAGACAUAUGAAAGAAAAGCAAUCCAAGAAUGGCUUGAAAGAGGAAAUGUAACAUGCCCCAUUACACGGCAACCUCUCUCUGCCAGUAUACUGCCCAAAACAAACUAUGUUUUGAAGAGACUAAUAUCAUCUUGGAAAGAACAGUAUCCUGAUCUUGCUCAAGAAUUUUCAUACUCCGAAACACCGAGAGAUUCAUUUAGAUCCUCCACAAAAGAAAUCCGCUUGGCCUCCACUCUAUACAAAACAAGUGAUAUAUCCUGUGAUAAGAGCAUAGAUGACUAUCUUAACUAUAGGAAGAAAAGAUUUAUGCGUGCAGCAGUAUCUACAUCACCAACCAGUGUAAUAUCCCAAGCAGCAGUAGAAGCAAUUAUCAAUAAUUUAAAACCCUAUGGUUCUUGUCUCUCUACUUCAGACAGCUUACAAGAAUGUGAAGCAGCUGUGUUGGCAAUAGCCAGAUUAUGGAAGGAAUCAAAGGCUGAUCCUGGGGUUCAGUCUUUUUUAUCCAAUCCAACAAUUGUAAAUGUUGUGGAAAUACUGUCAGCUUCUCUGAGCAGAGAAGUUCUCAGAACAUCAAUUUACAUACUCUCAGAGCUAGUAUUUGCAGAUGAAGGUGUUGGGAAUACUCUAACAAGUGUAGAUUCUGAUUUUGAUUGCCUAGCUGCUCUGCUAAAGAAUGGGCUAUCUGAGGCUGCUGUUCUUAUAUACCAGCUGACCCCAGCAUUUGCUCAGCUUUCAGCUCAUGACCUUGUAUCCUCCCUUGUCCUGACAGUUUUAGAUGAUAUUCAGUUUGUAAUGGAGCCCAAGGAUGCUGCCAUAGCAUUGCUUGAGCAGAUUCUAAUGGGAGGUAAUGAAUGCAGCAGGUCCCUCAGUGCCUUCAGUGUUAUUUCUGCAAAUGGAAUUCCAGCCUUGGUCAAGUGUUUGGAUAGAUUGGAAGGAAGGAGAUCCAUUGUUUCCAUACUUUUAUGUUGCAUGCAAGCUGAAAAAGAUUGCCGGUGCUUGAUAGCAAAUAGAAUUGAAUUGUCACCUGUUCUAGAAUUAUUUCAUGCUGGAAAUGAAAGUGUAAGAGGCAUAUGUGUAGAUUUUCUCUCAGAGCUCGUUCAGUUACACAGGAGGACAUUCCGCAACCAGAUAUUGCAGAUAAUUAAAGAUGAAGGAGCAUUUAGUACCAUGCACACCUUUCUUGUGUAUCUUCAAAUGGCUCCUGCAAAGCAGCAACCGGCCAUUGCUGCUCUUCUUCUUCAGCUUGAUCUCUUGGUUGAGCCACGGGAGAUGAGCGUGUAUAGGGAAGAAGCUAUAGAUAUAUUAAUUGAAGCACUCCGGAGAAAGGAAUUUUCUGAUUCUCAAAUGAUGGCUCUAGAUGCUUUAAUAUCUCUAUCUGGGCGUCUAACUUCCUCAGGGAAGUCCUAUACCAAAGCCUGGUUACUCAAGAUUGCAGGGUUUGAUCAACCUUACCAUGCCUUGAUGAAGGCAGAACAGCUGAGAAAAGAUGACAAUGAUUUGAUGGAAAUAAUGGAAGAGGAAGAGGAAGCUGCAAGCUCUUGGGAGAGAAGGGUAGCUUUUGUACUUUGCAACCAUGAGAAUGGCUCAAUAUUCAAAGCCUUGGAGGAAUGUCUCAAGAGUGAUUCCUUAGAAAUGGCAAGGUCAUGCCUUGUCCUUGCUACAUGGCUCACGUACAUGCUUUCUACUCUUCCUCAUACUGGUGUAAGAGAUGCUGCUCGCAAGUCCUUGCUUGAUGAAUUUAUAAAUGUCCUCCAAUCAUCCAAGAACCUAGAGGAAAAGAUUUUAGUGACCCUUGCUAUGAAAACUUUUGUCAGUGAUCCAUCUGCACUUGAAGCACUGGGGGUUUAUGCUAAAUGCAUCUACAGAACUUUUAGAAAGCUUAAGAGGAAUUCAUUGGUGGUCAGAGAUAUAAUGCAAGCCUUGAUGAAUUUACCAUCUGUAGAUGCAACAGAGUUAUGGAGUUGUUCUGAAAUGGUUGAGUUAGAUUCAAGCGCAAAUGGUGAGGUUCUGUCUUUGCUUCAUCUAAAUGAUCGACUUUUAAGCAGCCAUUCUGAUGGAACCAUAAAGGUGUGGGAUGUUGGAAAAAGGUUACCAAGGUUGGUUCAAGAAGUUCGUGAACAUACAAAGGCUAUCACAUGCCUCUAUGUACCAUCUUCAGGUGACAAACUAUAUAGUGGUUCCUUUGACAAAACAAUUCGGGUCUGGUCAUGUAAACCUGAGGAAAUUCACUGUAUUCAAGUUCAUGAUGUGAAAGAGGCAGUAUACGACUUGACAGCCAAUUCUAAUGUGGCAUGCUAUAUUUCUCAUGGAACUGGGGUCAAGGUGUAUAACUGGUCUGGGACUCCAAAGCAUAUAAAUUUCAACAAAUAUGUGAAAUGCCUUGCCAUGACUGGGGACAAACUAUAUUGCGGUUGUUCUAGUUACGGUAUCCAGGAGGUUGAUUUGUGCAAUUACACAACAAACACAUUCUACUCUGGUACAAGGAAAUUGUUAGGAAAACAAGUCAUACAUUCCUUGCAUGUUCAUAAAGACCUCCUCUUUGCUGGUGGGUCUUCAGUUAAUGCUAUAGCUGGAAAGGUGUUUUCGCUUUCCACCAAGGCAGUAAUUGGAUCAUUCCCAACAGGAUUUGAUAUCCAACGCAUAGCCGUCAACAGUGACUUCAUUUAUACAGCCACAAAAUGUGGGUUCAUUGAGGUUUGGGUGAAAGAAAAAGUUAGAAAAGUUGCUUCUAUCAAAAUGGCUGGUGGUGGACAUGCAAAAAUUACGUCAUUAACAUCAGAUAUAAAUGAAUUAAUGCUUUUUGCUGCUUCCUCUGAUGGCAGAAUCCAGGUUUAGGCUCUAGACUAGGCUUGUGGUAAAAAUGAGUGUAGACUAUGUUCCUCUUGUAAAUUAAAUGUUCGUAACUUCUCUUUCUUUUUCCACACCUAGCAUGUUUAAGAAUUUAUUUAUGUCGAAUUCAAGGUUGUUGAAAAGAGAUAGAGGAAUACUGUUAA